UGAUAAGCAGGUCUCUCAUUGUGUUUUACUGGCAAAAGAAGCGAAAGUGCUUGCACCGUAGCAAAGAUACAAACUAAUAGUCAGUCGUGUUUGAAUAUCAAUCGGUAUGGCUAAACUGCAGAAUGGAAGACGCGAAAAUGGCGCUCGUGUGAACGGUGGAUACGUCAGCGAUGCCGAUUUUCAAAGUAACAGAAUUUCGGUUAUCGAGGAUGCUGCAAGGGUCAGAGAGUCGUCGAAGGACCAUGAAAAAACAGAAUGGAACGGCGGACUAGAGUUUUUGAUGGCUUGCAUCGCCUCGUCGGUCGGCCUGGGAAACGUCUGGAGAUUUCCUUUCACAGCGUACGAGAACGGGGGCGGUGCCUUCCUUAUCCCGUACAUAAUCGUACUGAUUUUCGUUGGGAAACCCACUUACUAUCUCGAAGGCGUACUUGGACAGUUCACGGGAAAAUCGUGUGGCAAGGUCUGGUUAAUGUGCCCGGCAAUGAGAGGGAUCGGUUACGGUCAGGUGAUAACCGCAUUCUGGGUCGUCACUUAUUAUUGUUCGCUGAUGGCAUUGACGAUGUACUAUUUGAUAUCGAGUUUUGAGAGUGUUCUGCCUUGGUCGUACUGCCGAGAGGAUUGGACGAAUUGCAUCGACACUCGGAGCUCGCUCAAUCGAACUUUACCGGAGAUACAAAAUUUCAGCAGUUCGGCAGAAAUUUACUUCCGAAAAAUCGUCCUGAACGAAGCUCCCUCGAUCGACGACGGCCUGGGACUGCCUUCGUUGAAGCUCUCGCUCUGCCUCGCGGCCGGCUGGCUCGCUGUUUUUGCCACUCUUUGUCGUGGCGUGAAAAGCACUGGAAAAGCCGCUUAUUUCCUCGCGAUAUUUCCUUACGUAAUUAUGAUCGUUCUGCUCGUCAGAGCAGUCACCCUCGCAGGAGCGAUCAAAGGAAUAUUAUUUUUCGUGACUCCCAAAUGGGAGAGUCUUUGGCAAGCGAAGGUCUGGUACUCGGGCAUCACGCAGUGCUAUUUUUCCCUCGCAGUUUGCUUCGGUCCGAUUAUCACGUACUCGUCUCACAACAAAUUUAGACACCCCGUUGACAGAGACGUCAUGAUCGUCACGACGCUCGAUACUUUUACCAGUCUCAUGGCUGGCUGCACGAUUUUCGGGAUACUCGGAAAUUUGGCUCACGAAAUGGGAACCGACGAUAUAUCGAGUGUUGUUCGGGGUGGCACAGGACUCGCUUUCAUCUCGUACCCCGAUGCCUUGUCCCGAUUCACGGUAGUCCCGCAGCUCUUCGCCGUUAUGUUUUUCGUCAUGAUGUUCGUACUCGGGACCGGAAGCGCGAUGGCACUUUGCGUUGGUAUUCUCGGCAUACUUUGUGACCAUUUUCCGAAUACGCAACAAUGGAAAAUGGCGCUGAUACUUUGCAUCGUUGGCUUCCUCUUCGGUCUCCCUUACGUAACCCCGGGUGGUCAGUGGUUCGUAACGCUCAUCGAUUAUUACGGAGGUACCUUUAUCGCCCUGGUAGUUGGUCUUCUACAGAUAGUAACUGUAUCCUGGUUUUACGGCCUCGGAAAUUUCCUCAACGAUAUCGAAUUCAUGCUCGGUUCCCGUCCCAAUCUUUACUGGAGGUUGUGCUGGUCCAUUAUCACUCCAGUUUUCAUGAUAAUCGUUCUCAUCUACACCGUAGCAACUUACAUUCCGCCGACUUACGAUGGCAUGGAAUUUCCGAAAUACGCUUAUGCUACCGGAUGGACUAUUUUGGGGCUCGGUAUAUUGCAAAUUAUUGUUUGGAUCGUUGCCAAGCUUUGGAAAAAUCGACGAUUUUCACCGAUCAAGAUGUUUACAGAUGCUUUCGUUCCCUCGAACAAUUGGGGACCGAAAAACCCUGAAACGAAAUUGGAAUGGAAGGAAUUUAUUGCUGCCAAGAAAAUCACGUCUAAACGAGGCCUCAAAGAAUUAUACUUUGGAUAAUGCGUCACUGUCACUAAUCUUUCGUAUUUAUCUUUAGUACGUAUGCACGCGGGGCUUCAUAAAAACACGCGAUACGGAUAUUAAAUCAGCCCAUGCAUGUUUCCUGUCUUACAAAGCUUCGUCAUACGUUUUUUUCACUGUUGCAUGUGUAUUCGCGGUAAGAAAUCCGUUUUAUGCUUGACCCAAUUUCUCUGAGGAUUUGAUAUAAAAAUACACGAAAAUUCAGACGCACAUCAACCGGCACAAAAUUAGUUCAUUUAUUUGUGAUCGUAAUUGACGGAGGAUUGUUCGUUAAAAUACGAACAGCCUGGUUUAUCUGAACCAUGCGCAUAUUCCGGAGAUUAGGCGAUGCAAGAGUCGCGCUCCAUGUGUGCGUUUAAUUGCCCAAAUAAUUACGACGAGCACGAAUAAUUGCUCGCAAUCUCGCAAAAUCUAUAGCGCGAGCAAAGAGUCAAAAAAACAAAACAUGCAUGUUUACAUCUUGAUUCCACAUCCUCUCGAGACGACAAUAAA